CCCAAACGCCAUUGUCGUGGCCAACCAUCCUGGCGCUGCCCUAUUCGGAUCCGUCAAUUGUUGUAGCCGGGUCCGAGGGUAACGGCGUGCCGUGUAACUAGGAAAUUCCAAUUGUGCUUUCAUCCUUCUUUCUCCCUCCAGUGACAACACCAUCCGUCUCCAUUGCUUCCUCGUCCCCUGCUAAUAUUCUCUCAUCUCAUCUCAUCUCAUCUCCAUCGAUUUCCUCACCCCCACAAUGCCUUCCAUCGCCCAGAAAGCUGGGGACAUUGUUGAUCAUGUUGGCCAUCGCGUCCACCAUGCCGCCAAAAGCGUCGAGGCCCAAAUCGGGGCUACCACGAACCAACUUCUCCCACCCCGCCGCCGUGAGCAGAUGAUUGAGCAGUCACGCGAUUAUGCCAAUCGAAACCCCAAGAUAGCAGCCUUCCUUACCACCCAAGCCGCGUUCACCGGCAUUCCCCUCGUUCUCUUCCUCGCCUUCGCAGCCGUCACCCUCCUAGUCUCCUUGACCACCUGCCUCUUCCUCGGUCUACUCGUCUCCCUCAGCAUCACCUUCUUUGUUGUUGGCCUUGCUCUGAUUUUCGUUGUACCUACUGUCUUCAUCGCUAGCUUUUCAGCCAUCUUCAUUUUUAUCUGGGGCUUAGCAGGCUUCAUCAUCCUCCGCAAGUUCAACGAGCGUGGAGCAUCAGCCAAGCCCAGCACUCGCUUUGGUGACGCGGUGAAGAACGGUAAUGCUGCUGGUACUGGAGAAACAUAUGCAGAUGAUCCAACAAGUUCUGGAGACGGCGGGCCAGUGAGUCGAGUGCAUGGUACUGUUGAAUGGGACAGGAAGUGGGCAGACGGAGUGAAGCAUGACUCUGUUGUGCUGGAAACAGACAACGCCUAUCAAGUGCUGAAAGCGGAGACCCCUGUACCUUCAGUCUCGUUCGCGUGAGAGCAGACAUCACGAAUGCCAGAACGCGGCAGAUACCAUGAUUUACUAAAGUAUUGUCACAGUGUUAUUUGCCGCUUGCGCUGUAGCUGUUGACCUCUGGGUCUUUUUCUUUUCGAUAACAACAUCAGUAAGGAGGAACAUAAGAUAGUCACAAUAAUAGGACAGAAAUUGUCAUUACAACACCUGCGAGUGACAUGGUCGUAUCGAUUGAAAAUAUACAAGCCUCAAACAAGCACUACUAAUAUCGAG